UCUAGCUAAACAGACCUUUCAGACACUAAGGGAUGGAAUUGUAUCUCGACUUUGCUGCUCUUCCAUUUCUCUUAUCAUUUCCACUGUGGCUGUCAUCUGAGUGAGGGUAUCGGGGAGAGAUGAAACCAUCCUAUUAAUAGCUGACCAGUAGACUGAGUAGAUGGACAACUGAGGGAAAUUACUCUAAUAUCUUCAUGUUUUUCAAAAUCCUUUCAGCCUUAAUUUAAAACGCUUCUUGAACAACAAGGAGGUCUUUAUCUUAUGCAGCUUCUGACUCACAGUGUGGAGUGUAAUCUUUCUAGGCUGCCAAGAAAACACUUACCCUGUGGCAGACCCCUCUGUUGUUUUCUUGCCUAGCCCCAUACGGUUCCCCAAACUGAACUUUGGUUAAAUGAGCUUAAUGUGGAUUGUCCCGUGAUGGAAUUUAGUCUGUGGGCUGCACAAGCUGAGGAGACCUUCAAACUGAGGAGACCUUCACAGUUCUGGAGCGGUCUCCCUGCACUGUUCUCCAGCAAAAUCAUCUGGGACAUUUAGACCGAGCUUGACUUUUUGAGGAUUUUCAUGUGCCUUUGAACGAUUCAAGAUGCGUCGCUUUGACAAGCUCAAGAAAUCAUUCCCAUUUCUUGCUCAUUUCCAUGUUUACAGAAAGCUGGGCAGCAGUAUGCAGUGUGAGGAGGGCACUGAGUGGCUGCUAGAGCUGCUGAUGGAAGUACAACUGCAGCAGUACUUCCUACGUAUCCGGGAUGAGCUCAAUGUUACACGCCUCUCGCAUUUUGACUAUGUGAAGAAUGAGGACCUGGAGAAGAUCGGUAUGGGCCGACCCGGGCAGAGACGACUGUGGGAGGCAGUGAAGAGGAGAAAAACCAUGUGCAAGCGCAAGUCUUGGAUGAGCAAGGUGUUCAGUGGUAAGAGACCAGAUGGAGAUUUUAAUCCCCAGCCAGCCAGUACGUUCCGGAAACUUUCCCCCACGCCGCCUCCGGUGGAUGGCCAGCAACAGGCUCUCACCUGCCUUAUCAGUGAGAAGGACCUGGCCCUCUAUGAAAAACUGGGCGACGGCUCCUUUGGUGUGGUCAAGCGUGGAGAGUGGUUCACGCCAAACGGGAAAGUGCUUAAUGUGGCAGUGAAGUGUUUGAAGACAGACGUGCUUAACCAGCCAGAUGCUCUGGACGACUUCAUCCGGGAGGUCAAUGCCAUGCACUCUCUUGACCACCAGAACCUCAUCCGUCUCUAUGGAGUCAUUCUCACACACCCCAUGAAGAUGGUGACUGAGCUUGCACCUCUGGGCUCAAUGCUAGAUCGUUUGCGAAAGAACCUAGGCCAUUUCCUCAUUUCCACCUUGUGUCAGUACGCCAUCCAGAUUUCCAAUGGCAUGGCUUACCUAGAGUCCAAACGCUUCAUCCACCGAGAUCUCGCCGCCAGAAACAUCUUGCUGGCUUCCAGUGAGCUGGUUAAAAUAGGAGACUUUGGACUGAUGAGGGCGCUGCCCAAGAAUAAUGAUCAUUACGUCAUGCAAGAGCAUCGCAAAGUCCCUUUUGCCUGGUGUGCCCCAGAGAGCCUGAAGACGCGCACGUUUUCUCAUGCCACAGACAUAUGGAUGUUUGGUGUGACACUUUGGGAGAUGUUUACCUAUGGCCAGGAGCCUUGGCUGGGCCUCAAUGGUAGUCAGAUCCUCCACAAAAUCGAUAAGGAGGGUGAAAGACUGCCUAAACCAGAGGACUGUCCUCUGGACAUCUAUAAUGUCAUGAUGCAAUGUUGGGCUCAGAAAACAGAUGACAGGCCCACCUUCGUGGCUCUAAGGGAGUUUCUAGUGGAGACCAUGCCUACUGACAUGAGGGCCCUGCAAGACUUUGAUGAGCCUGACAAGCUUCAGAUCCAGAUGAAUGAUGUCAUUACCAUCAUAGAGGGCAGGGCUGAGAACUACUGGUGGAGAGGUCAGAACAAGCGUACGCUGAAGGUUGGUCAGUUUCCCAGGAACACCGUCACAUCAGUAGCGGGCCUCUCUGCCCAUGACAUAAGCCGUCCACUGAAGAACAGUUUCAUCCACACGGGACAUGGAGACAGUAACCCUCACCACUGCUGGGGCUUUCCUGACAGGAUUGAUGAUCUAUAUCUUGGUAACCCAAUGGAUCCUCCAGAUGUGCUGGGGCUUGACCUAAACUCUGCCAGACCAACACAGCUAUCUGGACGCACUAAGAAACCCUGCUAUGACGCUGUUGCUGAGGACGAGGACCAAACAUCCUUAGGCCUUCAUCGACUCUCUUUAAAGAAAAAGGGCCUUAAACUCAAACCAGCUGCUUGGGUCUCUGCUACCAAGAUAGGUGAUCGUUCCACUUAUGGUGUGCGGACUCCAGGGGGCAGCACUCCCACAGAGGUAUCUCUGAUAGACUUUGGGGAAGAGCUCCCAUCAGCCACACCUUCUCCUUCUCCUGUGGUGGAGGUCCAAAUCCCCACCCUUGCUAAACUUGCCCUGGAUGCAGAGAAUAUUUUAGACAGAACUCCUCCUCAGAGCCCCUCAUGCUCUUUACCUCGCCCCCUUCACCCUACACCAGUUGUGGAUUGGGAUGCUCGACCCCUACCUCCACCCCCAGCCUAUGACGAUGUAGCACAAGACGAGGAUGACAUUGAAGUAAGCUCCAUCAACAGUGCGGAUCGUGGAGCUGAUGAACCUUGCUCUCCACGCACGCCCUGUACUCCCAUUGGAGAGGGAAAAGCUCAUAUAGAAGACAAUUUAUUUUUGCCCUGCAGGCAGAGCCAUGCCUCUACCUUUUCCCAGUCUGUUGAAAUCUUCCAAGAGCUGCAGCAGGAGUGUAUGAGGCAUCUUAAUGUACCCGUGAGCUCUACCAGUCCUGGGCUGGAGCCACAUCGACAAAUUGUCCUAACCUUUUCCGAAGACAAACCCCAGAUACCACCACGCAUCCCCAUCCCACCUCGUCCAGUCAAACGCACAGGUGGCGAGUAUGCACGCUGGUCUGGUGAGUUCUCCCCAGUCUCGGGAAACGAGGAGGACAAAGAGCGUCCACCCCAGAUCCCUCCUCGAGAGCCCCUCUCCCAACCAGGCUCACGCACGCCCAGCCCACACGUGGGAUCCCCGCAGACCCACGGCAGCUUCUGCUCAUCCGCCUCCAUCUAUGGCUCAUCCUACCUCUCCACCUCUCCCGCUAAAUUCAUGCCAACCACUCAGAGCUUCGCCUCAGAUCCCAAAUAUGCUGCGCCCAAGGUCAUACAGGCGCAAGGCAAAGACAAGGAGCCAGCCAAAGGGCCCUGCAUUCUGCCUAUCGUGCGUGAUGGCAAGAAAGUCAGCAAUACACACUACUACCUCCUGCCAGAGAGGCCUUCGUAUCUAGACCGCUACAAUAAGUUCUUCAGAGAAGCAGAGAGUGGUGAGGAGAAGAAGCAUUUUAACACAGCCACCGUCAAGCCCAUGGUUCAUCAACCAGGGGAGCUCAAGUCCAACUUCUCUUCCAAUAACAACAGCAGUCUGACAGUCUCUGGAUGUAGAGGAGGGUUGAAGAACUCUCUCAGCCUGUGCACAGGCAGCACUGAUGGCUUAUUUAGCAGGACUGACAGCAUCGGCACACAUGACAAAGUCAGACUGGUGCAGGAGGCUGUCCAUGGAGUAACAAUUGAAGAAUGUCAGACAGCUUUACAGAACCACAGCUGGAACGUGCAGAAGGCUGUGCAUUACUUGAAGGUGGAACAGCUCUUCUGUUUGGGGUUGAAGACGAGGGUGGAUUGUCAUAAGAUUCUAGAGAUGUAUGACUGGAACCUGGAGUUGGCCAGCACCCAACUGUUGGACUCCUAUGGCACAGUCAAGCUGAGACACUGAUGCAUUGGAAAAGCCUCGUGCCCUGUUGAGAUAUCCCCAUAUGAAGAGCAAAGAGGGGCUGAGAGCCGACCAAUACCCAAGCACUCUUUCCUAGCACAUUUUACCUCCACUCCAGCACCAGAUCUGACUGUGUAUACAUGCAUAAGACAGUGAGUGUGCUCCUGCAGGCCUCUUGUUGUCUGGUCAGAGAUCCUUCUCUAGGGUGCAAUACUAAGUUCACAGGUCAAAGUUGAAAGAACCUGCUCUUUUUCUUCCAGUUUAUAACAGCUGAUGGAAAACAAGGUGCUGCUUUUUUAUUUUCAUAAAUAAUUUUAUACAAGUAAGAGAGGUGAGUAGACAUUUAUGAAAGCCUGUACGUAUGUAUAUAUUGUAUUAUCAAAUGUUUGGUUAUACAUUUGCAUCUUAUAUGUUUGUGUUGUUGGUCUUUGUCAGAUAUUUGGCUGUUUUUCUUUUAUUGCUUUUUGUAUGGGUCACCAGCAACAAAUUAAAGUUCAGACUCUUGACUCAUGAUUUGUUAUUAAGUUGAGUUCAAAUGAAUUCAACAGGCCCUUUAUGUUGAAAAAUCAUCCUGUCUCCACCCAUGUUGGCAUAAACAUAAACAUCUCUGCCUUUUUUACUUUUAAUUUUAGCUUUUUACCUUUUUUUUUUUUUUACUUUGCUCAUGCAUCACUAUGAAUCACUGUUUUUGGUUUUAGCUCAUUUACACCCGUCAUCAGUAAAGCUUUGGUAAUAUUUCUUAUGUUGAUUUGCACAAUGCUGCUUCCGAUCUGAAAGUAUUUAUAAGAGACAAAACCCUUGAAAACACAUCCUAAGACCUCCAAAGCACAAAUAAGCGACUGAACAUUUUCUUGUUAGUGUUUUUUGAUUUUUUGUUAUUGCUCUUAUUUAAACCAGGCUAUUGUCUGUUAUUUAGCACAACUAUAACAUGAAGUUUUGGUUUGGUUCACUCUCAAAUGGUAGCUUCUGUACAGUUUUUAUUCAGAACUUAUGAACUGGCAUUUUUUUCUUUCUGUGAGAAUAUAAUAACACUCAGGUGUUGAAGAUCUUACCUUCAUGGUAAGGUGGUUUCAACUUACCUGUAUACAUACUGUAAAUUAAUCUGCUUGAAAAUUGACCAAUGAAUAACAAACUUGAGACCAGCACACAACCCCACAGCAAUGUAAGAAAUAAAUUAAGACAUAUUUUUUUUCCUGUACAACACAUCAUUCAAAGGUAUAUGGCCAAGUCCAAUGGUGUUCUGUGCGUAUUGUAGCACCCUGUCUUUCUGUGUGAAUGCUUAGUGUAGUAUGUGUGGGUAUCAUGUAGAAGCUGCUUUGUGUGCAUGAAGUAACAUUGUCUGCAGCCCUUUCCUCUGUCCUAGCAAUCUUGGAAGUGGGCUUAUAGAAUUUGUUACCAUGGCAACCUCUGUGUUGUUUUUGAUGGGACACCAUUUGAUGACGUACUGCACCUUGCUGCUUUCUAGCACAGUGCCAAUGUUUCAAGUGCAGAGACUGCUUCUGUCACCAUCUGAAGAUUCAGUAAACAGUGGAGCCUUGCCCAAGUCUUACCUUAUGCUGUUUUAGGUUGACUGAAAUGGGCUUGUGGAGUUGCAUGAUAACCCUGUGUUUCUAUUGAUGUGUUUUACAAUUUAUUUCUUUUCUCCUCAGUCUAGUCUACCUAUGUGCUCAAAUGGGUUUACUAUGAAUAGCUUUACAAGUUAGGACCUUGGUGUCCUAAUUGUGUAAGAUGCAUAAUGAUGUGAAUUUUAUA